ACCGCAGUAGCUUCGUUGUAACAUCUAGUGACCCAUGUGGCGCUGUUUUAUCACCGUACAUGCGGCCAAGCGAUCGCUCCUUUCCCACGCUGUCGCCCUGCAGCACUAUCUAAAGACUGCGCACUGAUGUGUUUUGUUUUUCAGAGUGCAAGCUACUAUACUGCUCGCCUUGCACCCGCAAUGGUCGAGAAAGAUGUCGAGUGAGCUGCCGCCACGGCCCUGCAGUAAUUUACGAAGCCGAGAAGCACGUCCACGUCACCCGCCUCUUCUGUACAAGCUCGCAAGCUCGAGCAUCAACGAUGGAAGGUAGGGUAAAGCUUGGUCUAUCAGGCGAGUUGUAUAAAGACCGCAAAUGAACGCUGCUCGACUUGUAAUCCUCCCCCAAUGAAUAUCUCGACAUUCAUUCAUGAUGUGGGUGAAGGUUGCUCUGACAGCGAGCUUCCUCUGGCCGUCAACAUCCGCCUUUACCUUCUCAGACAACAGCAGCCACGCUUGCUCCGGCUCAAUAACGCUCCCCUCUAACCUGACCAAUACAUCUUUGUCGGCGCUGCCACAAGCUUUCAGCUCUGCCAACCAGGCACAAGAUGCCGUGGCUCUAGACCAGAUCCGCAACACGCUAGCUCUGUAUCCGCUGUGCAUCGAUGGGAAGGACUUCGCCUCACUAAGCCUUGUCUUCGCCUCCGACGCCGUGGCCAACUACUCGGCACCCCUCAAUAUCUUGACUCCGCUUAGCACGAUCGAAACAGUACUUGCGGCGAGUCUGGCCUCUGUCACGACGCAGCAUCUGCUCGGCACGCAAGACAUCCAGCUAGUAGGCCCAUGUGCGGCGAGAAGCGUAACGUAUUACCGGGCCGCGCACUUCGGAGAAGGUGUGUAUGAGGGCGAAAUGCUCUAUGCCUAUGGCCAGUACCGCGAUGUGUUGGUGAGGCUGCCGGAAGGGUGGAGGGUCAAGGAGAGGACAUUGGCGUAUAUGGUAAGCCUGCGAUGGUGGAUGCGAAGUCCGUUACAUUCGCUGAAGCUCAUGUCCACGCAGGGCCCUUUGCUCGGCAAUGCAUCAAUCUUUACGCCGCAGGCUUGAGCCGAGCGCACAAGACACUUGGAGAUUGUCGCUCAGUCUUCUCGCCACCGGAUCGACCUGAG